GAGGGGCUUUUCCAAAAAAGACCGAAAGACGGUGACACUUCCUUAGUAUUGAAUUUUGAAGCACAACUUCAUCACGCCCAAAUACAGGCACUCAACUGUAAACGAGUUUAUAGCUGCCGAGGCAUUCACAGUGACCACUUCCUGGGAGAUAUAAGAGGAGAAGAAGCAUUCUGACGCACAGAGAGAUGGCCUUCUCAUCUGCAGAAAAAGUUGCCGUAACAGGGACCUCUGGUCUGGGCUCUUCGGCGGGUAACAGCUCAUUCUUCCUCGAGUCUGAGUUUCGUUACAUCCUGUUCCCAGUUGCAUAUGGCAUCAUCUUCAUCCUGGGCCUCAUUGCCAACCUCUACGUGCUGUUUGUCCUCCGAUGCCUUCGCCAAGCCAAGGCCAUGGGUGAAAUCCGCAUCUACAUGACAAAUCUGACCAUCGCUGAUCUCCUUUUCGUCUGUGCACUUCCCUUUUGGAUUGGGUAUUACAGCGGGCAUGGUCACUGGGUUUACACAGACUUCAUGUGCCGGCUGACUGGCACGUUGUUCUUCAUCAACACCUACUGCUCCAUCCUCUUCCUCGGGGCCAUCAGCGUCAACCGAUACUGGGCAGUGACCCGGCCUCUGGAUGCGGCCUCUUCUGACCACAGACGACGUGGGAUCAUCGUGUGCGUUGUCAUCUGGGCAUUGACCAUUGCGAUGGCUAUUCCCUACCUGGCUUCUCCAGGGACCAAAACGGAUGAGAAUAACGUCACACGCUGUUUCGAGGGGUACCAGAAUGAAACAGAUUUCGAGAAGAGCACAGUGGCAGUCACUCAUUUUGCAAUAAUUGGAAUGUUUUUUGUUGUCUUUUUUCUGAUCGUGGUGUGUAAUUGUCUUAUUGCUCGAGCGCUACUUUCUCAAGGUCCUCCUCAGUCAGAGUUGCGAUCAAUGAAUAUAUCGAGAAAGUCCACCAUGACCAUGUCUGCCUCAACUAAAAGGCCCAGAGGGGUGAAACGGAGAGCUCUGCAGAUGUUGUUAGCAGUUGUGGGAGUGUUUGUUCUCAGCUUCCUGCCCCAUCAUGUAGUUCAAGGAUUCUGGACACUUGCAGUCUUGCAGAUCUCUGAGGGCUGGGGACACGUAGAGUGGGACCAGAAAACUCUUCAGGUGCUCAAUGACGCCCAUCAGAUCACUUUGCUUCUUAUGAGCCUCAACUGCAUUUUGGAUCCUGUAGUCUAUUAUUUUGCUACAAGAAGGUUUAGAGGGUUCAUCAUGGCCCAUAUGAAGAAGAUGAUAAAGGGAGAGGGCUGCUCUCAGACGACCACCUCACUGAUCUCCAUGGACAGCAAACAUGAGACUUAAUAGCGAGCACCAACAGCCCGAAAUGGAUUGAUUAAAACGUGUUAUAUAUUUUUACGAAGAUGUAGAUAUCUCCUACUUGUUUUAAAUACUUUCAGGACCCCAAUGAUUCAUGAUUUCAAAACAUACAGUGUUUUUUUGCACCUCUGGAUCAAUAAGCAAUUUUAAGUUUUAUGUAAUUCAGUGUUGGUGGUUUGGUUGCACACCCUUAAGUAUUGAAUGUUUUCUCACAAACAUUAUCUUGACGUUUUAGUCACACAGGCUGUGGUCUGAAUUUCACAAGUUCUACCGCUCUUCCUGUGUAGAAUAAAAAUGUGAAAGCAGAAGUUUUGCAAGCAGAAGUACAUACCAAUCAAUAAUGACCCUGAGAAUCUGCAGGAGGGCACUUUAUCUCUUUAGUCUGUGAAAUUAACUGAUGUAGCACCAGACAUGUUUUUAAAUCCUCCAACAACAAGUUGUUGAUCUGUUCUAAAACCAGUAAAGAAGCCAAGAAUGAAUCCUGUGGCUCAGGAGAUAAAGGUUGAUUCCUGCCACCUACAGUCAACAUGUUGAAGUGCAAUUGACCAUCUUCCUGGGAUGAAAUUGGCAGUGUGUGUAAAGGUUUUUUCUCAUGAUAAGCAGGUGGCACUCUUUAUGGUAGCCUCCGCCACCAGUGUGUAUAUGAUUAGCAUAAUAUCAGUAAAAUGUCAUGUUGUUGUCGCAGAUAAACACACAGUUUACAGUUUUCUUUUCUUUUUCUUAAAUUGUUCAUAGACAAGUGAAAUCCUUGAUUGCGAAAUAAGGGAACAUAAGUAAAGCUUGAGCUACAUUUCCCCUCUGGAAUUCAAUAUUGUGACAUAAUGUGUAAAAACCCUUGAUUCACUGUGACAAAGAAACCCAAUGGCUAUUAUCUUUCACUGAGCUUUUGUUCUAUUGUGUAUUUUAUUUUGUAUGUAGUGUAUGCCAACCUGCCGUUGCUAAACAGAUUUAUAAAGCAUAUUUUUCAGAGGAACAGCUUUGAUGAUCUAGUGUGGUACUAUAAAGUGUUUGCAAUGCUAUUUUGAGCCUCCUAAAGGAAAAUAUGCUGUUUUUUACUCAAUAAAGAAAAUAUUUUCUGUAUCACGAGGGAUUAAAAAAAAAUUGAAACUCA